UUUGAAACUAUUGUGAAUUAAACAAUAUGGACUGCCAUGGCAUCCAGAGACCAAGCAAUACCGCAACUACGGAGAACCAGAAUAGUUUGCAUUUCAGAUACUCAUAACCAAACGCCGAAGUUACCGAAAGGUGAUAUCCUGAUCCACGCUGGAGACCUUACGAAUCAAGGAAGCUUCACUGAGUUGAAGAAGACUGUGGAUUGGUUGGAGAAGGCAAACUUUGAAGCAAAAAUUGUCAUUGCAGGGAACCACGAUAUAACGCUCGAUGCCGACUUUUACAAGCAGCACGGCUCGUCAUGGCGCUGGCCAAGGCCUCAAGACCCGGAACAAUGUCGGAGCCUCCUCAUAGACUCGCAGUCGAUUACCUUCCUCGAGAACGAGGCUGCUUCUAUUUUCCUCAGCGCCCCUACCGGACCACAUACUUGCUUUAAGGUAUUUGGGAGCCCAUGCACUCCAAAGCUCUGGAAUUGGGCAUUUCAGUACGGUUCAGAGGACGCAGCCCAGCUGUGGGAUGCUAUUCCUUCGGAUACAGACAUUGUCGUCACGCACACCCCACCGAGGAACCACUGUGAUGCCGCAGGCACAAAGGAACGAACAGGCUGCGAGGCUCUGCUCAACGUACUCUCUCGUGUGCGGCCCAUGCUCUCAAUUUUUGGUCACAUACACGAGGCCCGUGGGGUAGAGCGAGUGCAGUGGAACGAAAAUUCCUCAGAUGGAUGCCUGGAAGAGAGCGUCGAGGUUUGGAAAGACUCAGGGAUUGGAAACAAUAAACAAUCACUGGUCAACCUCACAUUAAAAGGAGGGCGUCCUCUUCGCACUGCCGCUACCAUGACACGUCACAACAGCAUAAACUUCCUCAGCCUUACCUCCAGUUCCCCAAUGGGAGACCUUGGGGUCCAGCCUGACGUCCCUCAGCCUGGUGUUCUUAAUUCAACCUCACGCCCGAAGGGCGUUCCGGUGUUCGAAAGUGAGGCAAAUGGCAAGAUUCGAAGGAUGUUGGGAGGCGCAAUCGAGUAUCGCCAGGCGCCUUCACGACAGAGCGAUAUCGGGUUCGCAGCACCGUUUGACGUGGGGGCUGUUGAGAGGAGAGCGGCUCGCAAGGAAACUUGUAUGAUCAACGCGGCCUUUUUGGGCCCUCAUUUCAGUGGAGGUCCCAAGCAGUUCAACAAACCCAUUGUUGUUGAUGUUGAUCUGCCUGUUUGGAGUUGAAGCACCUCGAUGCAUGCGCAGUGAUGUAGCUAGCUGCAAACACCCGCCAACUAA